GGACACCCCCACUCUGUCACCACCGCCAUCCUCCCCGCACACAAAGCGCCGCAAUGAGCUGAGUUCCGAGCGCCGCAGAAAACAGCGGAACACCUCCGGAGGCGGAGAAGGAGCCGCCAUGGAAGGAUACAAAACGCAGCCCUCCGCUCCCCCCCAGUGACACCCCCAGAGCGGAUCCUGCAGCGGGGGCCCACCUGGAUGCAUCCGCGCAUCCCCGCAGCCCCCGAGCGGCGAUCCCGGGGGGAAUGCGCGGCGUCGCUCCCCAUUAGCAGCGGCGGCGCCUGAGCCCUUCCUCGAGGGAAACGCUGCGCAGCCGCCGCCUGAGCGCGAUGGGAACCACAGAAGCCACUCUGCGGAUGGAGAACGUGGAUGUGAAGGAGGAGUGGCAGGACGAGGACUUCCCCGGACCUCUCCCAGAAGAGACCGGCAUGGAGUCGCUGGGCAGCCCUACGGAGGACGAGCACACAUCCUCUCCCCCACAUACGUUGAACUUUAACGGGGCGCACCGUAAGCGGAAGACACUCGUCGCACCCGAGAUCAACAUUUCCCUGGACCAGAGUGAAGGCUCCAUUCUGUCCGACGACUUCUUGGACACGCCGGACGAUCUGGAUAUCAACGUGGACGACAUCGAAACGCCCGACGAGACGGAUUCCCUCGAAUUCCUAGGGAACGGGAACGAGCUGGAAUGGGAAGAUGACACUCCCGUGGCCACGGCCAAGAACAUGCCCGGGGACAGCGCGGAUCUGUUCGGGGACGGCGGGACGGAGGACGGGAGCGCGACCAACGGGCGGCUCUGGAGGACGGUCAUCAUCGGGGAGCAGGAGCACCGCAUCGACCUGCAGAUGAUCAAACCCUACAUGAGGGUGGUGACACACGGAGGAUACUACGGGGAAGGACUCAACGCCAUCAUCGUCUUCGCUGCCUGCUACCUGCCAGACAGCAACCUGGCCGAUUACCACUACAUCAUGGAGAACCUCUUCCUCUACGUGAUCAGCAGCCUGGAGCUGCUGGUGGCCGAGGACUACAUGAUCGUGUACCUGAACGGAGCCACGCCGCGACGGAGGAUGCCGGGCCUGGGGUGGCUGAAGAAGUGCUACCAGAUGAUAGACAGACGGCUGCGGAAGAACCUCAAAGCCCUGAUCAUCGUGCAUCCCUCGUGGUUCAUCCGGACGGUGCUGGCCAUUUCCAGGCCCUUCAUCAGCGUGAAGUUCAUCAGUAAGAUCCAGUACGUUCACAGCCUGGAGGAGCUGGAGCAGCUCAUCCCCAUGGAGCACGUGCAGAUUCCAGACUGCGUCUCGCAAUAUGAAGAAGAGAGGAUCAAGGCCAGAAAAGAAAGGGCGGAAGAGAAACAAGACAUGGCUGAAAGGGAAAGCAGGUCUGUGCCCCCCGUGGAGGAUCAAGAAACCAGCAUGCCAUGAACGGAGGCAGCGCGGGACCAAGGGAGCAGAACGCGACGCAGCCCCGCGCUCCCCCGCCCGGCAGCGAGCUGCUGGUAGAAGACCUCACCACCACCCGGCUCUGAGCUCUGCAAGGUCACGGGGCCUCCCCUGUCUGCACCGCGCCAAGCCCUGCAAACUUCUGGAAAAACAUUUGACUUCCAACAACCACCACCGCAACCACCAUCUCCAAGAGCAGCGCUUUUUGUGUUCAGGACGGGUCCCAUUGUGUCCAGCAAUGAUCUGCGGAGAGCUACGAGCAAACAGAGCCCGCGUCUCCUCGCAGUAAGCACAGAGCAUCCCGCAGCCCAUUUGCCACCAGCCCGGAGACAGAUCUAUUUUUCGCGUCACUCCCAACCCCCCGCCAUGAGGCGCUGCUGCCCCGGGGGAUCGCUAAUGCAAGAAAUGAAAAGAGUCCAUUUUCCCCCUUCCUAUCCUUUUUUUCCACCCCCCCCACCCAUAAAUGCCGAGUGCCCGCUGCUCCUCCCGGCCUCGACCCCUGUUAAUCCACCGCCAGUUCUAAUUAACUCAUAGUGAGCCUUCGCUGUGGGUGGAUGCCGUGUUUUUACCGCACUCGUUCUGUCUCUGUACGGCCCCUGUAUCUUUGGGGAGGGCAGCCCCUGCAGAACCCCCUGCCAGGAUCUCCUCGUGUCCUGGCAGCGCUCAGGAGGAGCCCUGCGGACAGGAGUGCUUCCCACACCCCUGGGUGGGCUCCGUGCCCUGGGACAGUCGCUCUCUGUUGACACUCCUGCGGUGGAUCCCCGCUGCUGGGGGCCUGGAACGCGCUGCGUGUCCUGGGGAGCGGGGUCCCCUCGGUGCAGACGGAGCCAGGACAGAGCCGGGUGCAGAGCGCUGCGGGGAUGGAGGAGAGCGCUGGGAUGGCGAGGGUGUGACGUGGGACGCUGCCGCCUGCUCCUGGGGCUCGGGGGGGGGCUCUGGGAGCAGAGUGCUGGAAACGAGGACCCGGGGAAGUCAUCCACAGAUCCUGCUCUCAUCGGAGUGAGCUCCCAUGCAGUGCUCGGGGCUGAGACCUGUGCAGGCGAGAGAACUUCUGUGGGUCCCACACCCGGCGACCCCAACCCACGGCGAUCCGAAAUCAAUGAACUGUGGAUUUCUGCAAGCGUCAUGAUGGGCCCCAAUGGCAACGGGAAUUCUGCACAAUGAGAGAAGGACUGAACAGCACCGCAACGGCCGGACAGCCCCUCUGAUCCCGUGGGCUUCAGCUCAUCCCAUAAGCACCAGGGAUCUCCCCGCAGCGGGGUGGGAAUCUGCCAUCUCCCAUCAAGAACACCGAGGUUGUCCUGCGCUUUCCGACCAUUUUUAUGCAUUGAGACAAAAAAAAAAAAAAAAAAAA